AUGGUUGAGAAGGUAUUAAUUUGUUUAGAUUUGGCUAGAUAUGCACAAACCUCGUCUUCAAAUCUUCCAGAGCCUUCGGGACCUACUGUUCAUACAGAAAUACCUGGACCAAGGUCUAAACAGCUUUUUAAAGACCUCAACGAUAUUCAGCAAGCUGGAGCAGUUCAAAUUUUUGCAAACUAUGACAAAAGUGUCGGAAAUUACCUAGUAGAUGUAGAUGGAAACGUGUUAUUGGACGUGUACACACAAAUAUCUUCAAUUCCAUUAGGUUACAACCAUCCGGACCUACUAGGAGCUUUUUCCAAAGAGCACACUCUCAAAUCGCUAAUAAAUAGGCCCGCGUUGGGUGUUUUUCCAGGUGAAGAUUGGCCAAAAAAAUUAAGAGAUGUACUCCUCAAGGUAGCACCCCAUGGUUUGCCGGACAUAAUGACCAUGAUGUGUGGUUCUUGUUCAAACGAAAACGCCAUUAAGAAUUUAUUUAUAGCAUACCAAAGAAAAAAACGAGGAGAUACUAGGGAUUUUUCAGCAGAGGAGAAACAAUCAUGUAUGAUUAAUUUGCCACCAGGUUCGCCAAAACUUUCCAUUCUUUCGUUCCAUGGAGCUUUCCACGGCAGGACUUUGGGCGUUCUCAGCACGACACAUUCAAAAGCCAUCCACAAACUUGACAUACCUGCGUUUGAUUGGCCUAUUGCGCAUUUUCCAAGUUACAAAUAUCCUCUCUCUGAAUAUAUAAGGGAAAACGAGAAAGAAGAUGAGAAAUGUUUAGCAGAAGUGGAAGAAUUAAUAGAGAAAUAUGAGAAAAAAGGAAUUCCUGUGGCAGGAAUUAUAGUAGAGCCAAUUCAAGCAGAAGGUGGUGACAAUGAAGGAUCGCCUUCUUUCUUUCAAAAAUUACAACAAAUCGCCAAGAAGAACGGCGUUGGAUUAUUAAUCGAUGAAGUUCAAACAGGAGGUGGUGCGACAGGAAAAAUGUGGUGCCAUGAACACUUCGAUCUGAAGUCUCCUCCAGACAUUGUAACAUUCAGUAAAAAAAUGCAACUUGGUGGAUUUUAUCACACCGCAGAUAUGAAACCACCACACGCCUAUCGCAUAUUCAACACAUGGAUGGGCGAUCCAGGAAAGCUUAUAAUUUUAGAAGAAGUUUUGAAUGUAAUUCGUAGAGAUAAUCUUUUGGAUAAUGUCACUAAGGUUGGUCACAAAUUAAAAAGUGGUCUCGAAGAAUUGCAGAAUGAAUUUCCAAAUCUAAUCAACUCUGUAAGAGGUAGAGGAACUUUUCUAGCAUUGAACGCAACUGAUGAUAAACUAAGGGAUAAUAUAGUUGCAACCCUUCGACAACAAGGCGUCCAAACUGGAGGUUGCGGUGAAAAAUCUGUCAGACUCCGACCUGCCCUCAUAUUCCAAGAUCGUCAUGCCGACAUAUUCUUGGACAAGUUCAGACAGGUUUUGCAGAAAUUGAAAUAGAUUUAAGCAGCAAAAUAAAUCCUUUAUUGUUAUGAUUGCAUAAUUAAGUCAAACUCAUAAAACUUGCACACUAAAUACGUAUAUAAUAUAAUUUGUAAAAUUACUAUUACUUUUAUAAAGUUUAGGUCUUGUGCAUUUCUAGCAUUAAGUUUUAUGUAGGGUAUAUAUACGUAAUAGAUACAUAUACAUAUAUUAUUUUGUUAAAAUAAUUUUAUAGCAAUUGCAUUAUAAGUGCAUCUGCAUACAUACAUAGAAAGCAUUUUAUAAGUUCUUCUUUUUAAGCACAAUGAAAACAACUGUCUUCCAAAGUUAAUUGUCUUCCAACAUUAUGUGUUGAGUGUAUUGUUAAAUUUGUUGUCAAAAAAUAUUAAAACUUGUCAUAAAUACAACUCGUAUGCAUAUCACAAAAAGUAA